AUGGUCGUCACUCCAUUGUUGCGCUUCCCCCAGGGGAUGCGCUCGAUGGUUUUCCAAUUAUCUUCAAGGCUCAAUUACUAUACCAUCCCUCGAUGCCAUCCACCGCGACAAUGCUUCUCCACGACGGCCACGUUAUUGAACGACGCCGCCCUGGAACGGACGCGAAACAUCGGCAUUAUCGCCCACAUUGACGCGGGCAAGACCACUACCACGGAGCGCAUGCUGUUUUACAGCGGCUUCACCCGGCGCAUUGGCGAUGUGGACGAGGGCUCGACCGUUACCGAUUUCCUUCCCGCCGAACGAGCUCGCGGAAUCACAAUCCAGUCGGCGGCCAUUACCUUCCACUGGCCACCGGGCGAGGUCAAUGCAAGCAUCCCAGAUCAAUCGCUUCCGCGCGCCGCAAAACCCCACACUAUCAAUCUCAUCGAUACCCCCGGCCAUGCAGACUUUACGUUCGAGGUGAUGCGGUCUCUACGAAUUCUUGACGGCGCAGUCUGCAUUCUGGACGGCGUGGCCGGGGUUGAAGCACAAACCGAGCAGGUCUGGCACCAGGCGAGUACAUAUCGGAUUCCCCGGUUGAUCUACGUCAACAAGCUUGACCGCGACGGCGCGGCUUUUGGCCGGACGGUGCGAGAAGUGAGCUCGCGUCUCAGCGUGUACCCAGCAGUGUGUCAAAUACCUUGGUUUGACAGAGGCAAUGGACCCUUUGUUGGCGUGGCGGACGCAAUUCAUCUCCAGGGCCUACGCUGGAAGGAAGGAGAAGAUGGACGGACGGUGAAAAUGGCCGAUCUGCAGCAAUUGGAUGCAGAAGAACAGCCGCUGGCCCAGGAGCUUCGGCGGGCACGAAUAGCGCUGGUGGAGUUACUGAGCGAAUAUGACGACCAUAUCGUCGAGAAAUUCUUCGAGUGUGAGGAAGACCAUCUUGCUGUCCCACCAAGUGAUAUCAUCGACAGCCUGCGGCGGUGCACACUGGAUCCAGCAAGCAGAAUUGUCCCGCUCUUGGCUGGUGCAAGUUUCCGAAAUAUGGGCGUGCAGCCGUUGUUGGAUGCCAUCGUCAACCUCCUGCCCAGCCCACCUGAGACACCAGACCCGGAGGUGAGCAUAGGCGGAGUGAAAGGGGGUCUGCGGCGACUGCUCUCGGGCGAGUUAAUCGUUGAGCAGAACGAAAAGGCUGCUGGCCCUUCAAAAGGCAAAGCGAAAAAGAAACAUGUGCAACAAACCGACCCGAAAGAGGCGAUUGGCAAGCUUCAGAGCUGCGCACUCGCCUUCAAGGUUGUCAAUGACGCCAAACGUGGUGUGUUGGUUUACGUGCGCGUCUACUCUGGGUCCUUGGACCGCAACAGCCUCCUUUUCAAUACCAACCUUCAUGUCUCUGAACGCGCACCACGACUGUUGAAGAUGUACGCCAACGACGCGGUGGAGGUUGACUCCAUCCCUGCGGGCCAUAUCGGUGUCGUGGUUGGGCUGAAACAUGCUCGGACUGGUGAUACUCUCGUAUCCUACGCAGGGAACAAGGCCAGCCCACCGGAGCCUCUGACCACUCUCCAACUACGACCGAUUGAUGUGCCACCGCCUGUCUUUUUUACCAGUGUUGAACCACACAGUUUGAGCGAGGAAAAACGAAUCCAUGAGUGCCUCUCUCUGCUGUUGCGUGAAGAUCCCAGCCUCCAUGUUAAUGUGGACGAAGAGUCGGGCCAGACUCUCCUGAGUGGCAUGGGAGAGUUGCAUCUUGAGAUCGCGCGUGACAGGCUCAUUAACGACCUCAAAGCUAAGGCAUCGAUUGGUCAAAUCGAGAUCGGCUACCGAGAAGCUGCGCUCGGAACGGCUGGCCCUGUCACAAAAAUCUUCGACAAAGAAAUUGCCGGCCGCCGAGGCAAAGCCGGGUGUACUGCUACGGUAGAGCCGUUUGACAGUAAAGAUGCGGAAUCUGGACAGGCUGUUUCAGACGAGGCCAUCCUCCACAUCGGCUCACACGAUGGCAACCAGAUCGUCAUCCUUGCACCUGGGCUGCAAGUCGACCGUGCAGCCAAGGGCGACGAGGAGACAAGCCCAUUCCUGCCUCCAGGAUUGGAUCCCGCCACGGUGCGAGCAUCGUUACAAAAUGGCGCUCUUGCUGCGCUGGCUCGCGGCCCGCAAUUUACAUACCCGAUGCACAACGUGCGAGUCACUCUCACUCUGGAUCCCAGCGCACAUCUAUUUGGCAAUGAAACCACCGCCGCUGCGCUUUCUGCUGCCGCACGCCAGGCCACCGCCGCGGCGUUCCAGGAUCUUAUCUCUGGAGCCGGCACGGCAAUGAUGGAACCCGUCAUGAACGUCAUUAUCAGCGUCGAUGAGGCCAGUCUUGGCUCUGUUGUCCAUGACAUCUCAUCCUCCCGUGGUGGCCACAUUGUCUCAUUGGACGAGGAAGUACCUCUUCCCGCGACAGAUGCCUCUCCAAUCUCCGACACUGCUGUGUCCGAAGACCAGCUGCCUGCUAUUGACCCUCGCCGCGUCUACGCGCCCCCGGAUCCAUUCGAGUCGCCGUCUGUCGCCGGCGAUAUUCCCGUGGCAACUUCACGUCCGCGCACCAUUACCGCCAAAGUGCCUCUUAAGGAAAUGGUUGGGUACUUGAAGCACCUUCGCAGUCUGACUGCUGGCCGUGGUACGUUCGUCAUGAGCGUGGAUCGGUUCGAGAAUAUGACCGCCCCGAGGCAGAAGGCUGUGCUUGCGGAGCUGAGGGGUGGCUUUUGA